UGGAGGCGAGGUGAUUGUCUAAGAGACGAAUCCUUAAGAAACAAAAUGUGUGAAAGGAAUUGUUCCAGAACACCCCCUGGAUGUUUAUUUAGAGUUGACAGAUUUGGUAUUGGCCUGAAGUAUCAAUGUCAUUGCUUCGAUAUCGCUGACUGUGACUUCGAUAACGAUGGGCAUUGCAAGGGGGCUAGAUGUAUUUUUGGUUACUCUGGACCUACAUGCCAAAGACGUUUAUUUUACGUGUCCUUUGCGACUGCUGUCAGAACUUACAUGGUUAUGAAUUUGCGGCACCGAAGAGCUACGUGCCUGCCACUCCCUCAAAAGAUACACUUUCUACAUGUAUUCAGAAUCAACUGGGUCAAAUUUAAUAUUUCUCCAGCAGUUAAAAAAACAGUUUAUAUCACUUCGAUGGGAAAUCAACCUCUCAAUUGUACAUUCAACCGUAAUUCACCAAACCGUUCCGACGCCAGUUCUCAUACGACCGUUUCAUGCACGGGCGAUAUCAGUACUGACUGGUUGCACAUAAAUGGAAGCAACACCUGUAUCGAGAACUUACAAAUGUCUGGAUGUCCACAAGAAUUAUUCGGUCUUGAUUGUACACAUAAAUGUCGGUGUAAGAACGGAACAACAUGUCACCAAAUAACGGGCCAUUGUAAAGAAGGUUGUGAACCCGGAAGAACAGGAUCUUCGUGUCAAUAUCAAACUUACGAAAACAUUGCCCUUGGCCGACCAGCUUUCCAGUCGUCUGAUUUUGAAGUUAAAUUCAUGGAUGGUCGUAAACUUUGCAACUCCAAGUAUUUGGCCACAGCAGGUUUUGCUGUGGAUGGCAAAUACAACCAAAACUUCCAGCACAAGUCGUGUAGUCGCACGCAGGAAAGUUCCAGCAAAAGUUAUUGGUAUGUGAUACUGGACAGGAAUUAUACUAUAAACCAGAUUAGGAUAUACGCUCACAGUUUCUUCCAUUACGGUUUGAAUGUAUUUGUCGGGGAUAAAAACGAUCCCUGUUCCCAGUUAUGCUACGAAAGCAAAUCAACUGAAACUAUUCUUCAUAUAUCUUGUCAACGUCCGUUGGUUGGUGAAACUGUUUGUAUCCAAACUGCCAAGGAAUACGCCUCUUUGUCCUUGUGUGAAGUAGAAGUCAUCCGUAAGUAGCUUUCUGUUCGUUUUCUUUCUUCAUUGUUAUAUUCCCGUCACAAUAUAUCAUACAACAA